AUGGGCCCCACCUUUCCAGGCCCAAAGCUAUCCACCGGGCCUAGCUCAGGCCCGUAUCCCUCGUCACUCUCUCUCCGUGCUGACCUGACGACCCGUGGGCUCUCCCACCUGCAGCAUCUCUUCUUCAUCUCCGGCUCCUCUCCCCCGAUCUCUCGCCCGCGACCUGCUCCGAUACCCUGCGAAGUACGGACUCCGGCGAGCUUACGGGGCUCGCGCGGCGAGCUCGCGGCCGCGAUGGACGAGGCGGGCACCUCGUCGUCCGCAGGCUCCGCCCCGCGCGGAGGGCGCCCGGCGAGAUCGGGAGUAUUCUAUAAGUUCACCCAGCAGGAUCUUCCAGCUUGGAAACCGGCAAUGACACCAGGAUACGUGAUAGCCAUUUUCUUGAUAAUUGGGAUUAUUUUUGUACCGCUUGGACUAAUUUGUCUUCAAGCUUCAAACAGAGUUGCAGAAAUCGUUCACCGUUAUGAUAUUGAUUGUGUACCUAAUGCUUACAGAAGCAAUAAGCAGGCCUAUAUCAAAGACAGCUCGAUUUCGAAGGAAUGCAUUCAGAAAGUGAAGGUACAAUACCACAUGAAAGCUCCAAUUUAUGUGUAUUAUGAACUCGACAACUUCUACCAGAAUCAUCGUAGGUAUAUCAAAAGUAGAAGCGACAAGCAACUACGCUAUGGGCUGAAAUACACUGAUAGCUCAUGCAGUCCAAUAGAAAAGAGCGACGGCCUUCCAAUUGUUCCCUGUGGAUUGAUUGCCUGGAGCUUGUUCAAUGAUACUUAUGAUUUUACCCGUGGAUCCAUGGGAAUAGUGGUUGAUCGGAAAAAUAUUUCAUGGAGAAGUGAUCGGGAGCAUAAGUAUGGCAAGGAUGUCUAUCCUUUCAACUUUCAGAAUGGAUCUUUGAUUGGAGGAGGAAAACUUGACCCUGAUAUACCACUAAGCAAUCAGGAAGAUCUUAUCGUGUGGAUGCGCGCAGCUGCUCUUCCCCAGUUUCGAAAGCUGUAUGGUGUCAUCGAAGAGGAUAUACAAGCUGAUGAAAUCAUUACCAUGCACAUAACAAACAAUUACAAUACCUACAGCUUUGGUGGAAAGAAAAGCCUGGUUCUUACAACAUCAACCUGGCUAGGUGGCAAGAAUGACUUUCUUGGAUAUGCAUAUCUUAUCACUGGUUCCUCGAGCAUUUUCUUGUCGAUUCUCUUUGCUCUGAUCCAUGUGAAAAUCCCAAGGCCACAUGGUGAUGCUGCUUACCUAUCUUGGAGCAGGAAAAACGGCAAUAACUAA